CCAUCAACCUGUUUUAAGGUCAAUCGAACAGGACAAGUGGCUAUGAUGCCUAUGGAUUAUUUACUUGGUAUUGCACUAAAUAUAGGAGCAAUUUACUGUGAAGGAGAGGGAAAAAGGGAGAUGUGUGGCUCCAAUUUUACUAUGUGGAUCCUUGAUUUCUGCAAGGAUAAUUCAUCUUCUUCAUCACCAAUAUCAGAUUUGUCUCUGUAAAAACAUGCUUAUAUUUGAUUCCUGUGAAUGAUUUAAUUUCAACAAAACCUCCAUCUAAUCCUGCUGAGUUAUCCUUCUCAGUUGGCAGGGAAAGAGACCGAUCCAGUCCUAAGAUUCCUUCCAGCCUUAUCUCCUUGGAAUUUCUUGAUGUGUAAAAUUUUCUGGGGUGGCAUAUUAUGUACGUUAUGUCGCGAAGGCCAUCGACAUCAACUCAGCGUGGUAUUGGUACCGGCAGCUUGGGGGGAACUUUUCAUCCAAAAUCGAGUUCCCGUCCUUUAUUAUCCAAAACCCUGAUGUUUUUGGGCUUGAUCCUCAUUAUUGGGUAUACUUUUCGUGGCUCAGGUGAAACCCCGGUCAAGGAACCGCUUGCUAGAAUUGAAGGUGAUUUCACAUGCACAUCAGAAGUUCAGAGGGUAAUGCCAUAUUUAAAGACAGCAUAUGGUGACAGUAUUCACAAAGUUUUGCAUGUUGGACCCGAUACCUGUUCAGUCGUCUCAAAAUUGUUAAAAGAAGAAGAAACCGAAGCAUGGGGUGUUGAACCGUAUGAUACAGAGGAUGUUGAUAGGAAUUGUAAAAGUCUAGUGCACAAGGGCAUAGUGCGCGUUUCUGAUAUUAAGUUCCCUCUACCAUACAGGGCUAAAUCAUUCUCCCUAGUUGUCAUUUCUGAUGCUGUAGAUUAUCUGUCUCCAAAGUACCUGAAUAAGACUAUUCCUGAUUUAGCAAGAGUGUCGAGUACUGGUCUUGUUAUUUUUACAGGUUAUCCAGGUCAUUCCAGAGCUAAAGUUCCAGAGUUGUCCAAGUUUGGACGCCCAGCGAAAAUGAGGAGCUCGUCUUGGUGGGGAAAGUUUUUCGUCCAGACAGGCUUAGUUGAGAAUGAAGCUGCCACAAAAAAGUUUGAGCAAUCUGCAACCAAGAGUUCAUACACUCCUAGGUGCCAAAUUUUCCACCUCAAAUCAUAUGACUAAUGUUGUUGGAUUCGAACAUAUAAUCUCUUAGCUACAGAAUGAUUUUGUUUUUUCUUACGAAGAAGAGAUGUUCAGAUUCAGCACAUUUUUUGUUUGUAUUAAUUUACCAAAAUGUAAGGGGAGCCAACUCUAAUCCUUUCGCAUUUGCACUCAAUGAUUAAUACGAAAUUUUCCAUCCA